UCGGCUCUCGGUCUCCUAAAAUGGCGCUGAAGAGCUGGGCCCGCUCGUCUUGGAGUUCUGCAGGCAGCUGAGGAGACUGCGCCUGUCGUGUUGAACUCCGAAAAAAAUGAACCUUAUUUCCCUCGGUGUGGCUGUGGCGGGAGUUUGGCAGCUGCAGACAGGGCGGCAGCAAGUUCAUGUUCUCUGUGAAAUGUGAGUUUUAACCACGUAACGCAGCGCUCCAGCUGCGGUCGUGGGUUUUGCCGACUCAUCUUCUGUCUUCGGGUCAGCUCGCAGCUCCCAGACCCUCCCUGUCCGCCUGCGGGGACUUUGGCGACCCAGUGAACUACGUCUUAGGAAAUAAAGAAAUGGAUGGGAUGGAUGAAACAUCUAAAAAAAUCCUAGAGCCAUACCAGUAUUUGCUUCAACUACCAGGUAAGCAAGUGAGAACCAAACUGUCACAGGCCUUUAAUCACUGGCUGAAUGUUCCAGAAGAUAAAAUACAGGUUAUCAUUGAAGUGACAGAGAUGUUGCACAAUGCAAGCUUACUUGUGGAUGAUAUUGAAGAUAACUCAAAGCUACGACGGGGCUUUCCAGUGGCACACAGUAUCUAUGGAAUUCCAUCUGUAAUCAACUGUGCUAAUUAUGUUUAUUUUCUUGGCUUAGAGAAGGUUUUAACCCUUGAUCACCCAGAUGCUGUUAAAGUUUUUACCCGUCAACUUCUGGAACUCCAUAAAGGUCAAGGCUUGGAUAUUUACUGGAGGGAUACUUACACCUGUCCUACAGAGGCUGAGUAUAAAGCGAUGGUACUGCAAAAGACAGGCGGUCUCUUUGGAUUAGCUGUAGGCCUCAUGCAGCUGUUCUCAAAUUAUAAAAAAGACUUAAAGCCACUUCUUAACACUCUUGGGCUCUUCUUCCAAAUAAGAGAUGACUAUGCCAACUUGCACUCCAAAGAAUAUAGUGAGAACAAGAGUUUUUGUGAAGACUUAACUGAAGGCAAGUUCUCAUUCCCAACCAUUCAUGCAAUUUGGUCAAGACCUGAAAGUACUCAGGUGCAAAACAUUUUACGUCAAAGGACGGAGAACAUAGAUAUAAAAAAAUACUGUGUACAUUACCUUGAAAAUGUUGGCUCCUUUGAGUACACUCGGAAUACAUUGAAAGAGCUUGAAUCUGAAGCCUAUAAACAAAUUGAAUCGCUUGGAGGAAACCCUGAGCUUGUAGCACUAGUUCAACAGCUGAGCAAAAUGUUCCAAGAAACUGAAAAUUAAGGUAUUAACUUCUGGGUGUGGAUUAAAGCUCUUUUGAAAAUGGGAAAAUAACCAGAUGGAGAGGUGUGAUAAUCAGUCUUAUGUAAAAUUUUCUCUUGUAGCUGUGUUUCAGAAAUUACUGUUAAAAAUAACUUGUCAUUGAGUUUUGAAAUAUAUACGUUAUUCUCUCUAAAGUCUUAACUGUAAUUGCUUUACAAUUGGUUUUGUUAAAGAAGAUGUACUAGAACUAAACAAGUUUUGAGUCUAAAUGUAAUAGUUUUGACACAGUCAUGGGCUUUAUUUCACACCUAAAUCUCUCCUGCCCCUAACCAGGCUAUGAUAGGAUUCUGGUUGAAAUUCUGUGUUAAAUUAAAUCAGGUUCACAUAUGUGUAUUAUGCAUUUUAAACAAUGCUCUCGUAAACCAAAAUUUGUGUUAAAAAAAAAGAAGUUUUCCGAGUUUGACUUGUGACGAUCAGGUAGAUCACUUUACUGUGUCCUAGAGUGAAUAUCCUAUCCAGCUUCUGUGGAUAUUUUCAGGGGAAUGUGAAUUAUGAAAGCUACUAUUUUGUAUGCAAAUAAGACAUGCUCAGUCUGAAAUUGUGACUUCAUAAAGAUUUUGAAGUACCUUAGAGAAAAGAUUUCAUCACAUCAGCAAAGUGUAAAUUUGCUGCUGAUUCCAGCUCUGCAGUGAAUAAUUUUGCUCACCUGGUUUUAGAUUUUGAAAUUGUCAAACAUGCUGUAGCCAGAAACUUAAAUCUAUGCAUUAGACCUCAUAUAUGUAACUGUAAAUAGCAACUUAAUGAGCUGCUAUUAGAAAUGGAAAGGAAUUCACACCAGGUAACUUUAGGACACCAUAAUUGGUGCAGAUCUUUUUAAUCUCUGAUUAUAAUUGAGGGGCUUCUCCAAGACUUUAUUCAUAAUUCAUAUUUCAUUCCUGUUCUGAAUUGCUCUCUGGAGGCAUGUUCUGUAUCUCUCCAAAGAGACAAGAGCUGUAAUUUUUUUGUUAAAACAAAGGAUGGUAUCUUGUUUUAUGAGCUACAAUACCACUUCAGUUUUGUUAAUUGCUUGAAUAGAGCUUUAAAGUUAUAGACAUACCAAAAUAGAACUGGAACUGAGAGCAAGAUUUAAGGGUGGGGGUAAGUAUAAAUACAUAUAUAAAUAAAUAUAUAGAGAAAUGUUCAUAAAAUGUAAGCAGAGAUGUUUGGUUUCUUCUUGCCUGGGCUGGCUUUAACCAGGUUCAGUUUCCUUAGUAUUCACAGGUAUAUUAAGCUUUGCUUUGAGCUAACAAGGUAAUGAUUUGGAUGAAAGGUAGAACUGGUGCUAUAAGCUGUGAUGCUAGCUCAAGCAUACUCUGAAAUGGACAGAGGUAGUUGACUUCUGAUGGCUAAAACAUAGUUUUAUGCAGGUGUUCAUUUACUGUACCUGGAAAACAGGGAGACCUAUAUCUCAGCCCCCUCAGAAAACUAACUGAAGGAGGCUGCUGUAAUGCCUUUCCUGGGCAGCCUUAAUAUCUUUCUGAACAUGAUCAAACAUGACAAAAUUGAGGAUGACUGCUUUCAGUCUGAAAUAUUAUGUAGUUAUGGAUGAUAGCCUGUCCCUUUUAUCUGCAUGCUGAGGAGAAAUCUUUGUCUGAUUAGACACAGAAUAAUAGGCUUUUCACUGAAUGGACCUGGUUACUGGACCUGAAUAGCUUAAAGUUGGUGAAAGGUGUCUUUAAUGGUAAUGAAAGAGAAUUACAAUUCCUUUUUCAUAACUUGCAGUGCUUAGUAAGCCUGUAAAUUUUUAAUGUGUUAUGUGAAAAUACUCUCUGCAGCAAAUUGCAUUUAUUUUGUGCCAUGUCUUGGGAGUUUCUAAGCACUGUUGCAGUUAAUGUUGAAUAGGAAAAGCACUGAAAAGAUUAUUGUUGUCCUGAGAGUCUCCUAGUCUUACUGUGAAAUGUAUCUUUGUGCCUGUUAGGAUAUUGUAACUGCAACACAAUGCAAAGUGCACUUAGUGCCAUUUAAUUUCUGUUCUGUUGCUGGAUGUAAACAGUUCUCUGUAAUCAAACUUUCAUAAUGAAGUAGCUUUUCUUACUUUUUGUAUAAAGCUUUUCUACCAUCUGAGAUUUCUGCUAUGUCAUUGCUCCUUUGUUUCAUUCUGGCAAUUCACCCCAGUAUUUAUUCUAAUUCUGUAUUUUGCAGCAUGUGCCUUCAUUAUGAGUAGGCACAUGGAUAUUUUCCAGUUGUAGACCAUUUAAACCACAAAUGGGUAAGAAGGAAAAAGUUGGUCUAGCUUUCGUUUCCCAGGUUACAAGAGGCCAUGCAAUUCUGUCUUACACUUCUGCCUUCAAGGUAUUUGAUGCCAGUAUUCAAAGCAUAUGCUGAAGGUGUAUCUGAAAAGGCCCACAAGUAGAACACUGUUGCUCUUCACUUUGGUUAGGAUAAAUAGGAUUGUGAGAGCUUUCCUUGAAGUAUUCAGGAGUCGCAAGAGGCUGGAAUAUUUCCCCUUCAUAUGUUAAGUUGGUAAAGCACUUUAAAUACUAAAUGCCAGUCAUAACGAUGUCCUUUAUUGAAGGUAGAUUUUAUAUUUAGUGCCAUAAGAUCAGUCUGUGUAUUUUCAUCAGUAUUCUCCAACGUUAUCACUGGUACUGGCUCCUGAUGUUAAGCAAUGUUAGGAAAAACCCUUCUUUAAAGCAGCAUGGGAGUUCUUGUGACUGCAGAAUUAGUUGUGUAAGUGUCCCUCUCUGUUACAUGCCUCCCAUAACACAGGGAGUAGUGAUUUUUCCUGAUCUUCAUAAAAUAUGCAGUGUUGUAGAAUGGCAAUCUGAGUUGCAAGUGGAGAUGCCCACAGGGAAACAAAGGGGAUGCUGGUUUCAAUGUCAGUCCCUCUGAGCUAGAAUCAUUCCCCUUCCUACCAUUGCCAACAAGUUCUACUUUGAUCAGGUUAUCAGUGCAUUUCUUGGGGAUUUAGUUCUUGCAGUUCACAUUAAGAGAAAUGCAAAUACUUAUCAGUCUGGAGCAUUCCCCGCUACCUCAGUCUGUUUUCUGAUUGUGUGCUUGCUUGGAUGUAAAUGAGUGCUGCCACCUGUCUUAGAGUAGCCAGCCAUUGGAUGGGACAUCUGUCUUUGCUUUUUCAUAGGCUUAUGUUUACCCCAUCAAUUACGAUGAAAAUUGCAUCAUUUCAAGACCUUCCUUAGGAGAUGGCUCUCUCCUCUCCUUGUGAGCUCAGGCCAUUCAGGUACCCACUCAGAGCAACUUUCUAUGUAUCAGCCAGUUGUUGAUACAACACAGAAAUGUUGAAACUGUUAACAUUUCUUCAUGCUUCUGCUUUUUUGUUAAUUUUGCUAAUCUGGCUGCAUGUGCUAUGGAAAUUUCCUAUAUUAGUGACUGUUUUCCUCAAUUAUUGUUAAAAUGCUAACAAGGUAUAAAAACGUGGGGUUUGUGAGGGAGUUUGCACCUCUCAUAUAGAACUGGUUUGAAUUUUAAUAUGCCUUUAUCACUGAAUUGGGCCAGGCUUUUAUUCAUGUGCAAGAGCCAUACGGGCAUUUGCUGCUCUUCUUUGUCCCAUCUUAAUCAUUUUACAUUUCAGGUUUGGUAUUUGCUAUGUUCUUUGUAUUAUUUGCUCAGUACUUUCACUGUAAUUCUUCUUUCAGCUAUAUUUCUAUUCUGCUGUUAAUACCAAGCACACAUAAUACCAUCAAACUUGGUUUUGAUCCUGGACAAACAUAAUAGUCUGAGUCUUCUUUUGAAAUGUUGAAUCUUGGCUCAUCAUUCACCUUCACAAAAGUAAUCCAAGAUUAAUCCAAGAUUUUCUGCAACCUUGAAAUUCCUGAAUUUUUUUUUUCCAGCAAGCUAAAGCCUGUAACAUUUCAUAUGACCAUAAAUUAUUUUUGUCUCAUGUAGCUUGAGGUACUUUUCUUGCCCUACCUGUUUGCUUUCAAGAUCCAUUUUGCUUUGGUGGUAAUGCCUGUUAGGUCUUUUUAUGAAUGAACUUAACUCACUAGCCCUGAGGGAGAAAAGUUAAUUUUUGUCCAGGUUAAUGAAUUCUCCCACUCAGCAAGAGGCUUAUGAACGUCAGAGCUGGCAGGUGGACAAAGGCCAGAGAAAGGAUUUGAGAGAAGAAAACUCAUUUUUGCCUCCUGAGGCUGCCUCAUGUAAUUUCACCUUGUUUUACAGAAUUUGACUUUGUUAGGAAAAGAUAAAGUGUGUGGUUAGUUUCUCUGAGCUUCCCUUCUUGCUUUCCAAAUAGACUGUGAGAGAUACUUAAGUUAAAAAUUAUUUAUGUAACUUGCAUAUAUAAUCUAAAGAUUUUGAUUAAAGGUACAGAUAAAACAG